AUGCGCGACCACAAGAUCGCCUUUGUCGAAGAGGCAGACGACGACUCUGGCAGCUCCGUCAAUGGUCGGGAAGGUACUCGCGUCUACGCAUUUACCGACUGUGGCGAUGAGCCCAGCACCCCGUCCAGGGAACGUCCCAACACCGGCAAGAGCAGACGCGGCGAUCAACCCAACAGUACUUCGGAGUCGGCCAGUCGAUCCGCCCGGAGGAAAGCAGAGGACAAGGAACACCGAAGACUGCGCGAAGAAGAGCGCAAGAAGCUGGAACGCGACGAGGCAAGGAGAGCUCGGGCAGAGAAGAAGGCUCUGGAGGACUCUUCCAAGGCUUUGAAGAAAAUCCGACCGCAAGCCAGGCACUCUCAGACGCAACCCGUCAUACAGCAAUCACCGCAAGCCUACAGACGCGGCCACGUGGAGGAGUCAAGCUACUAUGGAGUUCCUCAACCUGCGUCCUCGGGCAACCGACCUCGCGCAAAGACAAGACCCGCCAGCUACUAUGCUGGGCAGACGCAUCCACCUCCCCACGUUGGCAGCUGGCAGCCGAGUCCCAUGAUGCCAAUGGCAUUCUCACCGGCUGGUUCAUACCCUCCCCCGCAAGGUUUCCCUCCUGGCCCGCCUCCCAUGCACAUGCCUAUGCCUCCAUCAAACGCGGGCCCGCCUGGGUACUUCGAUGGAGGACCAUCUCCGCCUACUCAGCACCGAGAUCUGCGGUCCCGUUUUGAACGGCCUUCAUCAGCCAUGGGCGUACACCCAACCCCUCCACGAGGCUAUGAGGCAAGCGACUUCGGGUUCGAGCACGAUCAAGAGGAUUUCUACGCGCGCCCCGGCGACGAGCCUCAAUACCAGUCAAAGCGCUCUUCACGGACGGCCAAGCACGACGAGGACCGCAAGCGAAUGCCUCCUCCCGAGUUCAAGAACGUCAGAUCUGUUCCCCGCCGACCUAGCACGACUGCCAACCCGUCCACACCCUUCCAGCCGCCACCACAGCGACCGGCUUCGCGUCAGGGGCACUCUCGCCCACCUCGCCCAUCUCAUCGGCGAUCUGUCGGUUUCCAUGAGCAAUCGGCAUUUGACGAUGACGAGGAUGAGCUCGAGCAGGAAGACUUGUUCCACGACAUGUCGCCAGAGCCAAUCCACGACCAGCGCCGUCGGUCGAUGUUUCGUCCUCGGCGAGAUUCCAUGUACUAUGAGGAUGACGAGUACGACAUCGCCCCCGCUCGUUCUGGCCGCCGGGGAAGUGUCUAUGGCUCGGUGCCUCUUGGUUCCGGGGGCGUCAGCCUACCCAAGGAGGACAAGUACCUGGAAGCCAUGAAGUAUCAGGAGGACGUCACUGGACCUACGCAGGUACCACUUACGGCCGACGCCCUUCGUAAGGCGAACAAGCCCAACGUUGCCAGCAGCCGUUCGACACGCAGCAGUGCCAGCCGCGACGAGAGCGAAUACAACAAGCGCAGCAACGCGACUGGCAUUACUCGCUCGUCAUCUGGAGGCAACGGAGACGAUUUCACGAUCAAGGUGUCCGGUCAGGCUGUCGUGCGUGUGCCUGGCGGCGCCGAAAUUGAAUGUGAAGACAGUGAGAUCACCUUCUCCCACGGCGGUCGAGGCAGCGGAGCAAGCGAUCAAGCCAGCAGUUUCUACCAGCUGGAGGAUGGGGCCAGCAGCCGGCGCGAGCGCAAGGCUCUCCCACCCUCUUUGCCGUACCGGCCCCGCGCACCUAGCCAGUCCGACUUGCAAAGUCGCAGGCAGUACGCUCCAAGCCACGCCCCUUAUGAGCCCUUUGAUUACUAA